GAAUGGGGUGGAGUCAGGCAGCUUCUUUGCCCCCUAAAGAUGGCGCGUAUCUAAAUAAGGCUCUGCGCCCAGUGGCUGCAAUUAUACCAGGUUGUCUCGUUCCCGUGUGUACUUGUGUGUGUUUAAUAUAGUUGAUCACAAAAAGAGUGAAGUGAAAAUGGCUACAUCCCUUCCAGAAGGUUUUCAUUAUGAGACGCGAUAUGUUGUCCUUAGUUAUUUAGGACUGGCUGCGCAAGAAAAUACUCAAUUAUUGACAGGGACACAAUCAGGGGAACAUGUUCCGUUGGAGUCUGCUGCAGCUGAGAAAAUUAAGUUGGAAGUAGAAGAACAACUUAAACUGCUGCAUGAUGAGAUCAAUAAAGCCUUUGCUACUACAGGAUUCGAGUGCCACACUUCCCCAGUAUUUAGCCCAGCAAAUCCAGAAAGCUCAGUAGAAGAUUGCCUGGCACACCUUGGACAGAAAGUAUUUCGGGAGCUUACUGUGCAGGUGCAGGAGGCGCUGCAAAAUAUUCUUGUCAAACCCCUGGAGUAUGAGCUGUACAAAGAACAGUUAAAUCAACUUACCAGCCACACCAGUGGAUGGAAUAAGGUCUUGAUAUCUUUAGUGUUGUUAAGGCAAUUACUAAUCAGUAGCAGCAAGCCAUCGCUAAAGACACUGGUAGAUAUUGGAGUGAAGUAUAUUGAGGAAACAGAUGCUGAUUAUAUCAUCCAGCAAGGAGGAUGGGGCACAAUUUUCAGUCUUGAUUUGGAAGAAGAAGAACGAGGAGACACCAUGGACGAGAACAGUGAUAUUUAUAUCUUAACUUGUGACAACUCUGGUCAAGUAAGUCCUCCUGAACCACUCACUGUUACCAGUUCCUGGCAGGCAGCUAGUUUGCCAGCAUCAUUGUCUACUAGUCAAAGCUGGCAAACUGAAGGUCUGCCCGUUUCACUUGGAACAGAGUCUUGGCAACAGCUAUCAAUAGAUCCAGAAGACAUGAAGAGCUUGGACAGUAAUGGUGGUGGUGAAGAGAAAAGUGAAAACAAUUCUUCUAAUUCUGAUAUUGUUCAUGUAGAAAAGGAAGAAAUUACUGAAGCUGUUGAGAGGCAGGAAAUGGAGGUAAAGACUACUGAGCUUACAGCAACAGUUGAGUCAGAACCACAAUCUGCACCACAGACAAUGUCAGUGGAGGUUCAGCCUUCUGUUGGAAUGCAGAAAACUGAUCUUUUAUCAGGACUGGACCCAAAAGCAGUCUCUGAUGUGGUGGAAAAAACUCCAAAAGCUGCAGAAAAAAUUGUAUUGGAAUCUGGUGAAAUGCAACAGUCAACAUCUCAGCAAGAAAUAACAAAGCAAUUAGAUGAGACUAAAAAAGGGGUCUGGCAAGAUACCCCAAAAGCUAAACUGGAAAAAGAAGUUCUUGAAACGCGGGAAAGAGUUGAAACGACUCCACUAACUGAGCCCAAAGUUACUAAGGAGAUCAUUCCUGCAAAAACAACCACGUCUGUUUUGCUUUAUGGUGGAGCUGCUGCGUUUGCAAUGCUGGCACUUGCAGUGGGAGUAGCUCUCACCUUGAGAAGAAGAUUUUAAUGUGAGCAGUUUAUUGCUGAGCAGAGUAAUUAGGAAGGCUUUCUAUUCUACAUUUGAUUUGUGACCGUAAUUGAGUAUUUAUUCAGUGGUAUUACAAAAAAAUAUGAUCAAUGAGGUAAACUAUUAAUAAGGGUACAAAUGCAGGACAGUGUUAACACUGAGAAAAUAUUAAUGGUUCAUGGUGUAAAAAAAAUUGUGGAAUACAUGACAUUGUAUGCAAUAGAAGCUUUGAUAAUAAUACUAGUACAUUAACAAAUACCUAAAUAUUAAGGCACUAUAGCGGAAAGGAGGAAAAGAACGUUCAGUUAUCCUUUCUGGAAACUACAAUGAGUGUCCUGGUUAACAGAAACUUUUUAUAUAAUUGGAAAUGAUUCUUAUUUACUGCCAUCUUCAUUCAUAACUGAGGAAAACUAAUUUCUAAGUGUUUUAAAAGUGCAUUAGUGUUGGAUAUUAUUUCUAUCAUGAAUCCUUUCAGUUCUGCCAUGACCAUUUAUGUAAGUUUUACUUCCACUUGUAUAUUGUAUUUCUCCUUGUCCCACUUGCACUUCAGUUUAUUUCUUGGAAUAUUUUUCAUUAACAUAAAUUAAGAAAUUUAUUGCUUAACAUUUGUAUUAGGUUAAAACUAGGAUAUGAUUUAGUUAAUUUACUAUAUUAACACUGUUGAUGCCAGAUCAUCUACAGGUCCAUCAGUCUGGUUUUGCCGAGUUGAAAGCACUGUGUUUAAACUUUUUUCAAACAUGUGAGUACAGAUGGCUCAGAUGUUUUCAAGUGAGACGAUAAAAAGAAAAUGAUGUCAGCAGCAACUGCAGGUGGUUUUCCAAAUGCUGGUUUUGCAUUUUGUACUGAAACUGUAAACAAUAAAAUAUGGAUUAAUUUGCGGUGUAACAUUAAUUUUGAUACACU